GUUACUCUGAUGGCAGCAUGGGCUUGGCCAAUAAACAACUCUAUACAUACAUUUGAAGAAAAACCUUCUUUUGAUCCAAACCCAAACACCUGUUUAGGCGUUUAGCUCAAUUGACAAAGGCUUUUUAAGCCAUCAACAAAGGAACAAACGGAUUCUAGGUCAAUAAUCCAUUGGGAGUUCUCGUAGCCAUUUUAUAUGCAGUUGAAGUAGCAAUACAAGUAGUUGUUCCAUCCGUUCCAAAAUCUCCUCUUUUUUGUGUUCUUUUAAUAAAAAUCAAACAGUUCGAUAAAUUUAUAAGGUUUUAAUCAAUGGGUCUCAAGCAAGAAGAUUUACUUCUCAAUAACAGCAGCAAUUGGAAUGUUGAUGAGAUGCCCAUUGACAAGCAAAAGCUUGCUGCUCCAAUAAAAUCAGCUGUUGAUAAGUUUCAGCUACUCCCUGAGUUUUUAAAGGUUAGAGGGUUAGUUAAACAACACCUGGAUUCAUUUAACUACUUUGUUAAUACCGGAAUAAAGAAAAUUGUUCGUGCCAAUGAGCGCAUUGCAUCCGAUGUUGAUCCCAGUAUUUACCUCAGGUUUAAAGAUGUUAGAAUCGGUGAGCCCUCCAUGACGAUCGAUGGGAUUAGUGAAAAAAUAAAUCCCCAUACAUGCCGGUUGUCAGAUAUGACGUAUGCUGCACCAAUUUUGGUCAACAUUGAGUACAUUCAAGGGAGUCAUGGGCAGAAAACUAGACUGGAAAAGAAUGAUCUUGUUAUUGGAAGAAUGCCCAUCAUGUUAAGGAGUUGUUGCUGUGUGUUAUUUGGAAAAGAUGAAGCUGAACUUGCGAGGCUUGGUGAGUGCCCUCUCGAUCCUGGAGGAUAUUUUAUCAUUAAAGGAGCAGAGAAGGUGAUUUUAAUACAGGAACAACUUUCCAAGAAUAGGAUAAUUAUUGAUGCAGACAAGAAGGGAAAUAUAAAUGCAUCUGUGACAAGCAGUUCAGAGGCAACAAAGAGCAAAACAGUUAUUCAGAUGGAGAAAGACAAGAUAUAUUUGCUUCUCAAUCAAUUUGUGAAAAAGAUCCCUAUUAUGGUGGUCAUGAAAGCAAUGGGGAUGGAGAGUGAUCAAGAGGUUGUGCAGAUGGUUGGUAGAGAUCCUCGUUAUGGUGCCCUUCUUUUGCCUUCUAUAGAGGAAUGUUCAGGUGUUGGCAUUUAUACCCAGGAACAAGCAUUAGAGUACCUUGAGACAAAGGUGAAAAGAGCUAUGUAUGCUGCUCCCGCAUCUCAGAAGGAAGGGAGAGCUCUGCCUAUCCUUCGAGAUGUGUUUCUUGCCAAUGUUCCAGUUCGUUGUAAUAAUUUUCGUCCAAAAUGUUUGUAUGUUGCGGUAAUGAUGAGAAGGAUGAUGGAGGCAAUUUUAAAUAAGGAUGCAAUGGAUGACAAGGAUUAUGUGGGGAACAAGCGUCUGGAGCUAUCAGGACAACUAAUCUCUCUGCUUUUUGAGGAUUUAUUCAAGACAACCAUUAGUGAGGUUAAGAAGUUGAUUGAUCAUGCCCUAUCAAAGCCCAGCAGAUCUAGUGCUUUGGACCCUUCUCAGUUUUUGCGUAGUAGAGAGACCAUUACUGUUGGGCUUGAAAGGACCCUUUCUACUGGUAACUUUGAUAUCAAGCGGUUCAGAAUGCACAGAAAAGGCAUGACACAGGUGCUUGCGAGGUUAUCUUUUAUUGGGACUUUGGGCUAUAUGACUAAAAUCUCACCACAGUUUGAGAAGUCUCGGAAAGUAAGUGGACCAAGGGCCUUGCAACCCAGCCAGUGGGGAAUGCUUUGCCCUUGUGAUACUCCUGAAGGUGAAGCUUGUGGAUUGGUUAAAAACUUGGCCUUAAUGACUCAUGUUACAACUGAUGAGGAUGAGGGUCCAUUGAUUUCCCUGUGCUAUUGCUUAGGCGUUGAAGACUUGGAGCUACUAUCUGGAGAAGAGCUUCAUACACCAAAUUCAUUCCUGGUUAUAUUAAAUGGGCUCAUUCUUGGCAAACAUAGAAGGCCACAGCGCUGUGUUUACAUUGCUUCCGAUGGAGGCCGAGUUUGUCGACCGUUGGUAAUAGCUGACAAGGGAAUAUCAAGGAUCAAAGAACACCAUAUGAAGGAGUUACUGGAUGGAGUUCGUACUUUUGAUGACUUUUUACAUGAUGGAUUGAUUGAAUAUCUUGAUGUCAACGAGGAGAACAAUGCUCUGAUUGCUUUGUACGAAAAAGAGGCUACACCUGAAACAACCCAUAUCGAGAUAGAGCCUUUCACGAUCUUAGGUGUUUGUGCUGGGCUAAUUCCAUAUCCUCAUCAUAAUCAGUCACCAAGAAAUACCUAUCAGUGUGCAAUGGGGAAGCAAGCAAUGGGAAAUAUUGCAUAUAACCAGUUGUGCCGGAUGGACACAUUACUUUAUCUAUUGGUGUAUCCUCAGCGGCCUUUAUUGACAACAAGGACAAUUGAACUGGUUGGAUAUGAUAAGCUUGGAGCUGGUCAGAAUGCAACUGUUGCUGUUAUGAGUUACAGUGGUUAUGACAUAGAGGAUGCAAUUGUCAUGAACAAGUCUUCUCUAGACCGUGGUUUUGGUCGAUGUAUUGUGAUGAAACGGUAUUCUGCCGUUAAUCAAAAAUACGAAACUGGUGCAUCCGACAGAAUACUUAGGCCACAGAGAACGGGCCCUGGUUCAGAAAGGAUGCAGAUAUUGGAUGAUGAUGGAAUUGCUGCUCCUGGGGAGAUUAUUAGACCAAAUGAUGUCUACCUUAACAAGGAGUCUUCUAUUCAUACAAGAGGGACUCGUGUAUCUUCAGAAUCUCUACCAGAUAGUGCAUAUAGACCUGCAAGGCAAACAUACAAAGGUCCUGAAGGAGAGUCUUGUGUGGUGGAUAGAGUUGCUCUUAGCUCUGAUAGGAACAGCAAUCUAUCGAUCAAAUUUUUAAUACGGCACACACGUCGACCUGAGGUUGGUGACAAAUUUAGUAGCAGACAUGGCCAGAAAGGUGUCUGUGGCACUAUUAUUCAGCAGGAAGAUUUCCCAUUUUCAGAGCGUGGCAUUUGUCCUGAUUUAAUUAUGAAUCCUCAUGGUUUUCCAAGUCGAAUGACUGUAGGUAAGAUGAUAGAGCUUCUAGGAGGCAAAGCUGGAGUUUCAUGUGGUAGAUUCCAUUAUGGUAGUGCCUUUGGGGAGCCUAGUGGUCACGCAGAUAGAGUUGAAGCUAUAAGUGAAACACUUGUCAAGCAUGGUUUUAGCUACAACGGGAAGGACUUCAUUUAUUCAGGUAUCACAGGUUGUCCACUACAAGCAUAUAUUUUUAUGGGACCAAUUUACUACCAGAAGUUAAAGCAUAUGGUCCUUGAUAAAAUGCAUGCCAGAGGUAAUGGGCCUCGAGUUAUGCUAACUAGACAGCCUACGGAAGGGAGAGCUCGAAAUGGAGGGUUACGAGUAGGAGAAAUGGAACGUGAUUGUCUAAUAGCUUAUGGCGCUAGCAUGUUGAUUUUUGAGCGCCUGAUGAUUUCCAGUGAUCCUUUCGAAGUUCAGGUUUGCAGAAAAUGUGGCUUGUUAGGAUACUAUAGCCACAAGCUGAAAACUGGGAUUUGUUCUUCAUGUAAAAAUGGAGAUAAUGUUUCUACUAUGAAACUGCCAUACGCAUGCAAGCUUUUAAUCCAGGAACUCCAGUCAAUGAAUAUUGUUCCGCGUUUGAAACUAGCAGAGGCUUGAUCUGAUGGAAUUUCCCUAAUAUCUAGAUUUGGCAGCUAUGCAGUAAUUCAAAAACAAAUGGUUGGAAUGUUCCGGUAGGCAGACCAUUGUUUCAGGGUAAGAUUGCAGCUGCUCAUUUAUAUGCAGAGAAUGACUCCCUUAAUUUUGUACAACUGGCGUGUUGCUCCGAAGAUAUGUUUUCGUGAAUGUCGGCGAGUUCAGUCGGAUCUAUUGACAUUUUUGUAUUACCUAUCGCUUAAGUAGAAGGGUUAUUGCAAUUAGGGAUUUUGUCAAAGAUCAUCUGUUCAACGCUUAAAGCCAUGCCAGUAGUUGGGCAGUUUAUAGGGCAUUAUUUAAAAAUGUAUUGUUAUAAUUUUAUUAACUUAAAGAGGUUUUUACAUAUUCUGGAUUGUUAUUGUAUGCUGUCUGAUCAGCAAGCUGUGAAUUUUGAUAGAUCUGGAAUUUUCUUCAGUGAGAAUUAUGAUCUUGAAGUGAGGGCUCAGGUUCAAGAUAUCUGUGAAGUUAGUAUGUUGAAAGAGACUGAAAAAUAUUUAGGGCUACCUGUUUGGUGUGAGAAUGUAAAGUAGAUUUAGUGAUUCGAAUAUUCAUGUCGUGUAAAAUAUUAAAAUUUGUGUAUUUAUAUAAUGUUUUACAUAAAAAUUA